AUGAAGGAGACAGAAUUUCCUCCCAUUCAUGAAUUUUAUAGUACUUUUAAAGGUAAGAUUUCACAAGAUGACUACAAACAUGCUCAGAAAGUAUGGAAGGAAUUCAGAUGUAAAAAUCUCAGUAAAUACCAUGAUCUCUAUCUUAAAACUGACAUACUUAGUCUAGCAGAUGACUGGAUAGAGUUUCGAAAAAUGUAUAUGAAAUAUUAUGUACUUGAUCCCAGUCACUAUGUUUCUGCCCCAUCAUCAUCCUGGAAUGAAAUGCUUAAGGUGUCAGGAGUUAGGAUUGAACUUUUCACAGAUAUGACUAUGCAUGAUUUUACUGAAAAAGCUAAGCAUAG